AGGGAUGGAAGACAGAGCUUGAAAUGGAUGUAUCCAACCAGUCUACUGUAACAGAAUUUGUCCUAUUGGGCCUCUCUGCCCAUCCCAAACUGGAGAAAACCUUCUUUGUGCUCAUCUUGUCAAUGUACCUGGUGAUCCUGCUGGGCAACGGGGUCCUCAUCCUGGUGACCAUCCUCGACUCCCACCUGCACACACCCAUGUACUUCUUCCUGGGGAACCUCUCCUUCCUGGACAUAUGCUACACCACCUCCUCCGUCCCCUUGGUCCUGGAUGGUUUUCUCAGUCCUAGGAAGACCAUCUCCUUCUCAGGCUGUGCCGUGCAGAUGUUUCUCUCCUUUGCCAUGGGAGCCACGGAGUGUGUGCUCCUGGGCAUGAUGGCGUUUGACCGUUAUGUGGCCAUCUGCAACCCCCUUAGAUACCCAGUGGUCAUGAGCAAGGCUGCCUAUGUGCCCAUGGCCAUCAGCUCCUGGGUGGCUGGUGGUACCAACUCCUUGGUGCAAAUCUCCCUUGCAGUGCAGUUGCCCUUCUGUGGGGACAAUGCCAUUAAUCACUUCAUCUGUGAGAUCCUGGCAGUCUUAAAGCUAGCCUGUGCUGACAUCUCCAUCAACGUCAUCAGCAUGGGGGUGGCCAAUGUGAUCUUCCUGGGGGUCCCAGUCCUCUUCAUCUUUGUCUCCUACAUCUUCAUCCUCUCCACCAUCUUGAGGAUCCCCUCUGCUGAGGGGAGGAAGAAGGCCUUCUCCACCUGCUCUGCCCACCUCACUGUGGUGAUCAUCUUCUAUGGGACCAUCCUCUUCAUGUACGGGAAGCCCAAGUCCAAGGACCCACUGGGGGCAGACAAGCAGGACCUUGCAGACAAGCUCAUCUCCCUCUUCUAUGGACUUCUGACCCCCAUGUUGAACCCCAUCAUCUACAGCCUGAGGAACAAGGAUGUGAAGGCUGCUGUAAGGGACCUGGCAAGUCACAGAUGUCUCACCCAGUGAUGGAGGGAUAUAGCUCAGGACCCACAUGUUCUGAUGGCUCUCACUUGAGAAUCUUAAUGCAAGGCAAUGCCAGGUGAGGGACAAGCUAUCUUAGAGUCAUUGCUAGUGUGGUCCACAGACUGGAAAUGUCAACAUCACCCAGGAGCUUUCUGGCAUACAGAGUUUCCUGGCCCACAGCAGAUAUGCUGACUGGGAAUCUUCAUUUUCACAAGAUACUCCCUGGGAUUUAUGCAUGCUGGGCCUGGAGAAAUAUCGGUUAAGAUCGUGGAAUGGGUGCUAUGGUGUGCUGUCUGGAUCCCCAGAAAUACUUCUCAUCUCAGCCACUGGACCUGUCAGUGACUGACAACAUCCGGUUCUCUCUGUAGCACCCCUCCUUACUAAGGAGAGCUACCCAAUCCAGUGCCACACUCUCUUCUCAGGCCGGCUGACAUUCUGUCAAGCUUGGUUAUCUCUAAAAGCUGUACCACAAGCACUUCUCCGUGGCCGUUCAUAUUGUCGCCUGCCCAGGCCUGAUCCCUUUAACAGCUCCCAUAACAAACAUCCUGCAUGCAAGUCUCUCCAUAAGCGUCAGCUUCAGGGAUGCCAGCCUUUGACACAAAACAACCAUGUCAGCACAGGUGUGUGAACAGCGUGCGUGUCACCUGUGUGUACCCUUUACAGUCAUUACCUGGGCUGGUAUCCAAAGAGAAAAAAAAAAAACCGCAUGACUUCCUUUUACUUGAAGAAAAAACUUGAUCACGAGAAACCUU